GGUUAUCAGCCCUUAAAACCCCAAAAGUUGAUGGGUUCUAAUUUUUGCCUUUACUCAAUAAAUUAUUACACUUGUUUCUUUCUUCUUUAUCACAGCUUCUACUUUCAGUUUUCUCCUAACUCGUAAGCGUAAAAGUUGGGAGGAAUCCGACGGAAAUUUACCAACUGGUUUUCACGGUUUCAGAUAAACCUGUGUAUCAAAUCGACCAAUUCCCCUUUUUCUGUUGCCCUAAUUCCACAAUUGUCCUCUGCAGGUGUGAUAUACUGUAAUCAUGCCGGACACACAUGCCCUAGUUAACGAUUUCUUAAACAAGCUUAAAAAACGUAAAAUCGAGGGUUCAAAGACCACUGCGAAGAUGACAGCAGAGCUUCUUCGUUCCGUGAUAUCACAGCAGAGAAUUCCUAACACGAAUCAAGCUGGGGCUCUUAUUCAGGCCAUUAAUGCUAUCGGAGAACAGCUUGUUUCUGCAAAUCCCGUGGAACUUGCUGUUGGUAAUAUUGUAAGGCGUGUACUACAUAUCAUUAGGGAGGAAGAUCUUUCACUCACAACAGCUUCCAUUGGUGGAUUGAGCUUACAAGCUUUGAGUGAUGAUGAAGACAAUGUUGACAGAGAUGAUCGACCUGUUCUAUCAGCUGCUGCUGUUGCUGCUGCAGCUAGAAGCACUCUCAGAGCUCCUUCCUUGCAGACCCUUCUUGAAGAUGUUCCUCACUCUGCAGCUAUUCAUCAAUCUUCCUCUUCUGCUGGUGAUUCUGAAGAAAAAACCAAAUCUACCGAUAAAAAUUCAAGGAGCCGAAAGCUCAAGCAUAAUGUGAUUGAGACUGUGAAUGAUCUUAUUCAAGAUAUUGCCACCUGUCAUGAACUGAUAGCAGAGCAAGCAGUGGAGCAUAUUCACCAUAAUGAGGUUAUAUUAACCUUAGGCAGUUCAGGAACUGUAAUCGAAUUUCUUUGUGCUGCUAAGGAGAAAAAAAGAAACUUUCGUGUUUUUGUAGCAGAAGGUGCUCCAAGAUAUCAAGGGCACACUCUUGCAAAGGAACUCGUUGCUAGGGGACUACAAACAACUGUAAUCACUGAUUCUGCUGUUUUUGCCAUGAUUUCGCGUGUGAACAUGGUUAUUGUUGGGGCCCAUGCUGUGAUGGCAAAUGGUGGAGUGAUAGCUCCUGUUGGGUUAAAUAUGGUUGCAUUAGCAGCUCAAAGACACGCUGUUCCUUUUGUUGUUCUUGCAGGCAUUCACAAGUUGUGCCCCUUGUAUCCUCACAACCCGGAGGUGUUAUUGAAUGAGCUAAAGUCUCCAUCUGACCUAUUUAUUACCGACACGGGAGGGCAUAAUCCAUCGUACAUGUACCGAUUAAUUGCAGAUUACUACUCUGCUGAUGAUUUGGUCUUGCAACAGAGGCCUAUCUCUUCUUGACUUUAUAUAAAUAAAUAAUCCUUAUGAGUUUUUGGAGUGCAUGGGAAUUGGAAGUGCGACAGUUUUGAAGGGGCUAAGCCAUUAAAGGAGAACUUAUUUGUAAUGUUGAUUACUAGAAAAAGAUGGAAUGAAAACAAGGAUUACAUUUGUGUUAGUAUGAGGUUAUAAAUGGCAUAUGCCAUUCUCUUAAAUCAUGUAGUUUUUAUUUCUUCUUCCCACUAAUGUUUUGUGUAUAUAAUGUGUUUUUGGGGUAGAUAAUAUUUGAGAAAAUGAUAACAAAUUGGGGAG